AUGACAGGUGAAAGACACUCAUUGAUGCACAUAAAGUCAUUUGAGAGGGAUUUAGAGAUAACCACUGCAGACAGUGGUGUAGAACAGAUUGAGGAGAUAGAUGAUAUUCUUCUAGAAUCAGAAGAGGGGGAUAUCUCAGUGGGUCAUGUCCACUGA